AAAGCGUGUUUCAAAAUUUGCUUCUUUAAGGAUGUAUGAUUCUCGUUAUUUUGAGUUGAAGUGAUGACAUGUUUUGGAUUAGAAUUACUUUUAACCAAGUAGGAAAAAGUCUAUAACCUUAUCUAUUCGUGAGCUGUGCACGGGACGUUAUUUCAUACUCCCCUUGAAUAAUGAGUGAUGUGGAAUUUGAUGAAGAGAGCUACCAGGCUUAUGAAGAUGAGCUGUAUGGUCAAACUUCUCCAAACAGUGAUGAUAGUGAUGUUGAGAGUGAAGUCGCAGAGAUACUCUACGGACAAGUCCAUUACUCUUUCUCAUUGCCUGAAUCCACAAAUAAGGGAAAAGAGGUUAUUGAAGUCAGCUCACAGGCUGAAUCUUCAGAUGAGACACGAAAGGAAGGGUGGCAAGAUGAUGUUAUAGCGAUAAGCUCAGAUGAGAAUGAAAAUGAACCUUUGGAGAUUACUGAAAACUGGGAGUUGAUUGACAAGGAUGUGAAUGGAGGUAAAGAAUUCUCUGGUAAAAGAUCUGCUUCUCGCUAUUACAAAGAAGAGAAGAGAUCAAUGUACAUCAGAUGCCAUAAUUGUAAUGAGAGGGGCCACAUGGCCGUGGACUGCCCAGAUCCAAAGAAAGUGAUUAAGUGCUGUUUGUGUGGUGGGCAAGGCCAUUACAAGAGAUCCUGUCCAAAUGAGUUGUGCUUCAAUUGCGAUCAGCCUGGUCAUCAGUCAAGGUCUUGCAGAAAGCCAAGACGCAGACACUAUGACCAGUGUCAUCGUUGCUUUCUUGAAGGCCACCUACAAAAUGAUUGUCCAGAUUUGUGGAGGCAGUAUCAUCGCACGACACAAGUUGGUCGCAUAGUCCAACCGACAGAGGAUGAAGACACUGAUCGUCCAGUUUACUGCUACAACUGUGCAAAAGAAGGACAUUAUGGUUAUGAAUGCUCCCAGGAUCGCAUGGAUCCACGGCAAGCCACCUCUUUUCCGUUCAUAGUUCAUUAUGAUGGCUGCCCAACCACCCCCAGUGACCGGGGGGGCCAUCGACAUUUCAGUAAUAGGAAUCAGUGGGGACACAGUUAUCAGGGGGGACACGCCCUUGGGCAGAUUGGGGACAAAAGAAGGCACUCAUGUCCUAGCCAGCAGCAGCUGCACCAGAGAGAUGACAGCGGUCACUCACAUGGACAUGCUCAUACACCGCACUCCCACGAAGGUAAACGAGGGAGAAAAAGAGAACAUGACCGGGACCCUGAUCAAAACUACAAGAAGUCAAUAUCAAGCCGCAAAGGACGAAUGCAAAUACAAAUACAAAACAGUCCACUGGAAGAGGGCCAGAGCAAGAAGAGGAGAAAGAAAAACAAGAAGCGUGUUAGUGAUGAGAAAGAGGAGGAUAACACUAGGAUGGUGUACUACUCCCUGCCAGAUGAUCACCCAGGCCUGCAGCGAGACGAUGGACCCAAGAAAAAGAAAAAGAUGGGCAAGACUCAGAGACUGGAGGUAACGGCCACCCUCCACAAAAGAGACAGGGACCCCAGGGCUAGGGGUAGGGGGACAGAGACUGGAGCGAAAAGCGCAGUUGAUGGAGAUUGCGUCCAAACACGAAGAAACCAGAGAUAUACCAUAUUGGAUGUUUCGUCCCAAAUAUCAAAACGACCAACUUGUCUCAGCGAAAAAGAGACCACUGCUUCGGCUGGCCCAAGAGCUCGGACGGGCACAUCCAUACAAGUCAGACUCGACACCAGUCCUCCUCAAGCCCUCGUACAAAAGACCCUCACGGCCAGCCAAGCAGAAACCACGUGACCGCGGUUUUCGCAAGUCCAAUACAGACUACCAGAAUAGGAAGUUCAAUACGAUGUGAAGCCCCUGGUGUGGUGGGUUAUACACGCAAAGGCAGGGCGGAGUUAGUGCGAGACAAGGGGUAUCUUCAGCACAACGUGGGGAGGUAGAAGGAGAUAGGAGCUCCGGCUUUUAGCGGUAAAGCUACAACAACAAAAGCAGCUUAUUCAAAGCUUGUGAAUCAGGCAGAAAGGUUCUUUGUCACAAAGGGUUUAUUUUCAUUGAAUUGUUUUAAUUUUUUUCGUCGCUCCCUGGCGUGACGGCCAUAGCUGCGUUUAUUUUGCCUUGAAUUUGCCGUUUGUUCGGAAUACCUGCUGGGACCAGGACCCUUGGAGGAAGAAAAGGAUCUCUCUCUGAGCGAGAUAGAUUACAUGUUUGCGUAGGCUCGAAAAAAAAGAUGAUUUCUCUCAGAAUGUUAUAAUGCCAUUGGGUGGGUGGUGCCGGGAGUGGCGUGAAAAUGUGACAAGGGUCGGGGCUGUUCCAUUACAGCUGUGUUAACCCGCCUGCCAAUUAGCUUUGCAACUUCUGUGAAAAAGCUUUUUUUCUUCAAGCAAAAGCAUGGUAUUUGUAUAAUUAUGGCAAAAAUAUUUGCCAUGUUUUGCAGACUCUCGCAUUACAAGAUAAAUUUAAAAUGUUUGAUA